AUGGUAGUGGACUUUAGGAAUCUGAACAAGAAAACGAUUAAGGAUAGGUAUCCUAUGCCCAACAUUAAUGAUGUGCUCGACAGAAUCGGUAGGGCAAAAUACUUCACAGCUUUGGAUUUGGCCAGCGAAUACCAUCAAAUUGAGAUGGACCCCAAUGUCACGCCGAAAGCAGCCCCAUUUGGUCUCACUAACGCUCCAGCAACUUUUCAAAGAGUGAUACAUAACGUGUUAGUCGACCUCAACGGGUCAUUGAAAUUUAUUUUAAAAUUAAUUUUUAUUUCUCUUAACAGGUACUCCCGCCAGAAGGACGGAAUCACUGAGUCGCUGGAAGCCUCAGGAGUCGGAUGUGGGUCCCGCGCAGCCGUCAUUGCGAUUUUCUUGGAGCCGCUGGCAUCAUUUGGUGGUGGAGUCUGCCUGGAUUUGGGCAGAGAACUCGUCGCUUUAAGUGGAUUCGGGUGUUGCCAGCAGCGCCGCGGCUUCCAGUCAUUUCGCCAGGAAACUGCCAACCCAUUUUCGGGUUUCAUCGCCAGUCGUCCAAAGGGUCCAGAACGUUGUAAAUUCCAGCGCCGCCGUCUCGUUGCAAGGUCCGGAAAGUUGCUGCAUCUCAGCUGGAGUCCGCCAGAAGAUCGGCAAGGAAGUCGUCAAUUUAUUUGGAGUCGUCAGAAGCGCCGCUUCUGUAUGCCAUUUCGCCAGGAAAAGAGAAACAUCUUGCAAUCGCCGGGCCAAGAUGCUUUGCCGAGGGCCGCCGCUCGAGAAAGUCCAUGGAAUUGGAUGCAUAAAAUUGGAUUAGAUAAGUCCAGUUGUCCGGGAUUUAUCAAAUUUGGAGGUCAAUUUUUCAGACGUUUCUACAAGGUUGUCGUUGUAUUUUGCCGUCGGGAUUGGAAAAGGAAUACAUACAUUGCCAUGGAUACACUGCUCACCAAAAGUCUGCAGGAGUAAUCGUUCGUGUGUGUCGAGUUACCACUGUCGUGUGCCGCUGGUCGAUUUGUCAUUAUUGUCAUUUUGCGUGUGAAUUUUUGAGUGGUAGCCGAUCGCUUGGUACUUGUGGCAUUCAGUGGUGACUGUGGCAUAGGUUGUAUUUCAGCAGCGCGCUUGCAAUUUAAAUUAUGGAAAACAAAACAAGGGUGAGUUUUGAUUAUAGCGCGACUUUUUUAGGGGCCGCAUUCAUCUGGUCGGUCUUGUUCCUAAUAUUUCGCAUCUUUGUCAUUUUAUUAUUUAUUAAUUAACUGCUAUUUUCAGUUCCUGUUGUCAACCUAUUUAAGCAAAAUGCCAAUAAGUUUACACACAUUGUCCAUUUACCCAUAAAUGAAUCUAAAUUUUUAAUUGUACCUAGUUACAUGGCAUAUUUUAAUACUUAAGAUCUCUACUAUUUUUCCGACAAAUGUAACAAUAUAUACAAAUACUACAUAUAUCUGCGAGAACGCAAUGUCAGUCAAAAAUAGGGAACCUAAAAAUUAUAACAGAAAUAGAACCAGCACACAUUUUAAUAUUAAACACACAGAACACAACCAUUGAAUCAAAUUGUACUACUGAAAUAUCCAUUAGGGGAUUAGCAUUAGUAACGAAAACUGCAAAGUAGUUGUAAACCAAAUUCCGUGCGACAAGGAGCUAUCGCAGUACGAGGAGAAGAUAGAUGCCCACAUCCCAAUCAUAAAGAAUAUAAAUAAAAGCUGAACCUUGUAGUAUUUUCAUACAUAUAUAAUAAUAAUAAUUACACAUAUAAAUCAUAAUAAUAAGACAACCAAUAUGUAAACAUAAGUCCACCCUAGAAUCUUAAGUCCACCCUAUCUUAAUAUGCUAAUUCAGCAAUGUACGCCUUUAGGGGUUGCGCUUGACUUCCAUUGGUUAUCGAGCAUGUACUUCAUACAUGCAUAUUGCUGUUUUUGCUAGUGUCAGCACUUUUGCUGUCACGAGCGAUCGGCCUGCAGGCCACGCAGUUUUAAAAUAAGAAUAUAUCAAGAAGUACACGUUGUGAAGAAAAAUCAAAUAAAGAUGAAAA